CCGCCCAGCCUCCUCACGGAUACAAAUCAUUCCUGACAUUGAUUCACCCUCUGUUCAAUUCUUAUCUCUUGCUGUAUCCUUUGUCUGAGUUAACUACCCGCCGUUUUACAGUAUUUCGUCAUUGCCGGGCAGCGUCCCCUCCUUCAUUCUUCAACCUCGACCGAGACCACCCAACCACCUCCACGUCAACUACUUCACAUCGUCAGCGACAUCGUUCCCGAUGGCUCCCCCUCCUCCGUCAAAUUUACCCUUGGCCGAAAGGCUUAAGGCUCUGGCCCAGACACUGCAGUUUGCUUGGUUCAUCGGGCAUGUGACAUUGCUAGGCUCUGUCUUCCGAUACCUACUCUCCUAUGCCACCUUCAACUACUACUCGGGUGCGGCACAGGUAUCUUACCGCCUAGCGUUCAUCUCCGCCGCCGUUACCUACGGAAUUGUUGUGUAUAAGGGACAUGUCGCACGUGGACGUCUCCAAGGGAGCCUUCCCAGCAUCUUGCUGAAGCUUGCGGGCGAUGAGAACGUUCAGUAUCUGGGAAUGGCCUUGGUGUGGCUCUAUUCUCGCCAGGUGCCGCUUGCUCUGCUACCAUUCAGCGUCUACUCCGUCUUCCAUGUUGCAACUUACACUCGCGCCCACCUAAUUCCUACUCUCCAACCUCCGAGCACCCCCGCUGGAUCUCCUGGCCGUGCGAACGCGAAGCAGUCGCCAUUGGCAGAGACCAUCGGGCGAUUUGUCAAGCAGUACUAUGACGCUAGCAUGGAUCUCGUAGCUGGACUGGAAAUUGCCCUCCUGUUCCGCUUGCUAUUGGCCAUCCUUACCUUCUCCAAGGGCAGCUUCAUCCUCCUAUUCAUUUAUCUGACCUUCUUCCGCGCCCGCUACAGCCAGAGCUCUUUCGUUCAGCAGGCUGUCCGUCACUUUACAGCAAGAGUCGAUGCUUCUAUGUCCCACCAGAGCACUCCUCCGGCGGUGCGUCAGGGCUGGGAGGGCUUUAAGGAUGCCGCCCGUCAGGCAUACCAGGCUACCGACGUUAGCCGCUUUACUGCCGGAGCAGGAAAGAAGCCCCAAUGAUGGCCUUCAAACACAAAACGAUAUUGCGAUAAGUAGUGGUGAAAUUAGGCGAACAACAGCCCAAUGACUUUUCUCUAUACCCCACAUUAUCCACUAUCGUUGAGUCCAACUGAACUUAUUGGCAAUUACUGUGGCUGAUGAACUUAACGAACCCAAGGACCGUCAAUCCAAUCUUUAAAGGAACGAUGAUCCGGUAACGAGGAAGACGGCUUUAUGAGAACCGACGAAGCUGUGAGAGGUUGUGUACAGUGUAGCUUGGGGUUUAGUUUAACCAACUCGAGUGGUUUGUUUGUUGAUGUUGGGGACAGCCGAGGCCGUGAGGAGUGAUGGCCUCUCCGAACUUUACUGUUAUUCCUUUUCUUGUUCUUUUCAUCCUAUUACCUAUCUUGAAUGCGUCAAUG